ACUGCCAUCAUAGCUCAAGGUUUUCUUGCUUGGCAAGCAGUAUGGCCGACUGGCAAGAAAAUCUACCAACAAUUCAACGUGCAACAGCAAUUAACUCUGCUACCGUUAAGAAUCGAAUGGAGACUAAACGGCUAGCGGAAACUUUGGAAUCUCUGAACAGGGACCACAGCAGAAGCUUGAGGAAAAUCUCCGCCGCUCAAGAAAAUCUAGUGAACUGCCGACACGCUGAUGCCGUCCACAUUAGUGCCGGAGAAAAGCAGAAGAUCAGCAAAUCGAACUGUUCCCUAGCUGGUCUACAACUAGAGACUGGAUGCGAAUUAUCGCAAAGAAUUGACGGCAAAACUAGGCUAAGCGACUGGCACGUGCAGGGGAGGGACGGAAACAUGUGUGGAGCGUUAGGGGUGGAAACUACACUCACAAAGUCUGUAGUCUUUUCAGAAGAACAAAUUCAGGAUCCAGUGGCUUAUUUGGAAUUUUCGCCUUUCGCUACGAAAGAAAAAGCAGAUGACGAAACGAAAUUACGAAAACAGAAAGUUAAACACCGAAGUUCAUCAGGAACAUUCCAUCUUAGGCCUCAAGGACAUAAGUUAUGUUCAUUAGGAAAGGCUCCUAAAGCUCUCACUCCUCCAAUACAAAAGGCUGCAGCCACGAAGAGGAUGCAUGCAAGAAUUGCUUCAGAUCCAACUCUUGAAUUGUUUCAAAGGAAGACAGUCUCACCAAUAUGUGAUCGAAGACAGGAGCUGUUUUCUCGAUCACAGAGAUUCAGCCGUUCAACUCCCAGUCUUCACAACAAGUGGACAUUCUCUAGUCACAGUCCUGCUCCUGAGAGGGACAGGGAUGUUUGGAACCACCAACUGCUUCAAGUCAGCAAAUCACUACAGAAGAAGUCGUCUUUACCUCCAGGGUUCUUCCUACUUCCUUGUUCCUAUGUAUUAUGCCAGUCUAAAGCAGACUUUUCAAUGGAAAAACCUGGUAAACUUAAUGCACCUGACCAGGUGAAAAUCCUCAAGGGAAGCAGGUAUCUGGGAAGAGACAUUUCAACCAACAGAUCAUCUCUAGCAUCUGCAAAACCAGACUUUGCUAUGUCGCCUUGUUCCUGCGUUUACUGCCAGUCAGCUGCAAGCUCUUCAAUUAUUUCUUGCAAGGAAGAAUUUGCUAAACUCAAUCUAGCUGACCAGAUGGAAAUCCUUAAGGGAAGCAGAUAUUUGCGAUUGCCUACUAGAAGCAAAAGCAGUUCAAAGUAAAUCUGGACAGAUAGUGUGAUAUUGAAUAAUCUACAUUGUAUUUCAGCACCACUGUUGAAAAAACAUAUCUACUCUUAAUUGAUGUAUGGUAAAGGUAUUGUAUGUAUAGGUAAGACACUCAAAUUUAGAAAUGGCACAGCUAGAGUACAAAUUCAAUACUGACAUAAUGAGCACCAACAGCCCUGCUGUGAUCAUAAGUUGUGGUAUCAUUUAAUUAAUCUGCAGUACUAAAUUUUCAAUGCAGUGGUAUGUAAAUCUAC